AUGACCAAAACGUGGAAACAAGGAACAUCGCUAAUCAGAAGAAUCGCAAACAGACUCAGAGGAGCGGGAGAAAAAGUGGCUCGAACACUGACUCAAACAGUGCUCAUCUCCAAAAUUAUGUAUGGGCUAAGAUUUUACAAGAUCGAUAAAAAGAACAUGGAGAAACUGGAAAGUUUACUAAACGAUGCGAGACGGUGCAUUGCAGGAUUGCCGCGAAACGUCAAGAUAGAAGAACUACACAAAUGCGUCCCUUUCCCGAGUUUUGAGGAAUUACGAGCGAUACAGGAAGAAAUGCACAAAAUUAAGAUGCUCAAUACGAAAGAAGGGCGACGCAUCAUGAAUCUGCUAAAUCAAGACACGAGCAAACUGGAUGAAUUUCCGGAACAGAUGCCACCAUGGGAACGGAUAAUGGUAGUUCCAGGCACUCCCAUUCCCAAGAGCAUGGGCCUUGAUCACCAGGAAAGAAGAAGAAGAUAUGCCAAAAAACACAACGAAGAAAUUGAGCUCAUCCGCAAUGACCCCGAGUUAGCGAUAUACUAUACGGACGCGGCGGUCAGCAACAAUAACGCAACGAUAGCCUUUCACCUCCUAAACAUAGGAACAUGGGCAUACCCAACAGUCGCAGACACCCCGGAAGAAGCCGAAGCGCAAGCAGUCUUGGCUGCAGUAGAACACGCAAGCAGCAGUACAAUUGAAAAGAAAAGAAUAACAAUUUUUACCGAUUCACAAGAGGUUAUUAGAGCAUGUAAGAUACACCAUGCGGUAAGCCCGACAAUACGAAAAAUCCUAAAGGCGGCAAUAACAACACUGAAGAAGAAGAAUGCAACGAUACUCCUGCGUUGGAUCCCGGGACACACGGGGAUUAAGGGAAAUGAGAUUGCCAACAAAGUCGCGAAAGAGUAUAGUCGUUCCCUCCUUUCCGACAGACCAGGCCAAUCUCAACGAGAUCACCCGUACUCUACUGUAUUAAAAAGUUUGAGUAAAGAAUACGAUCCUAUAGCUACCAUAAAUAAGGCAAAAAAACAACUACAGCAACAACUACGAAACAGGCAUCCCGAAGAACAGGAUCCUAUCCCUUCUGGGCUCAAAAGAUACCAAACAGUUCUUUUGAGAAGGGUAAGGACAGGAAGUGCUAUAACCCCGCACCUCCUCAAGAAAUGGGAAACACAAGAAAAGUUGAGACAGGACCCGAAAUUCAUACCAAAACCACCAGAAUGUAACUUUUGUAGAGAAAAGAUCCCACCAAACAUCGAUCAUCUCCUGUGGGACUGCAAACACUUCAGAAGAGAAAGGGAGGAUGCACAUGCAACAAUAGAUCCCGAAGAUAAGCCCGAAAACCUUAAUGAAUGGAUAAAACCAGCAGGGAAUUCCGGAAGAAGACUUCAACUGCUCAAAUCCGUCAUUUCCUACCUGGAGAAGACAGGCCUCAGUAAAACUUUCUGA